AUGACAACGUCAACCCUCCAGAAAGCCAUUGAUCUGGUGACAAAAGCCACAGAAGAGGAUAAAGCCAAGAAUUACGAGGAGGCGCUCCGGCUCUACCAGCAUGCGGUGGAGUAUUUCCUCCACGCGAUCAAAUAUGAGGCGCACAGCGACAAGGCCAAGGAGAGCAUUCGAGCCAAGUGCAUGCAGUACCUAGACCGGGCAGAGAAGCUGAAGGAUUAUCUGCGGAACAAGGAGAAGCACGGCAAGAAGCCGGUCAAAGAGAAUCAGAGCGAGAGCAAGGGCAGCGAUAGUGACAGCGAAGGGGACAACCCAGAGAAGAAGAAGUUGCAAGAGCAGCUGAUGGGCGCCGUCAUGAUGGAGAAGCCCAACAUCCGGUGGAGUGACGUGGCCGGGCUGGAGCUGGCCAAGGAGGCCCUCAAAGAAGCUGUCAUUUUGCCAAUUAAGUUCCCGCACCUGUUCACAGGCAAGCGCACCCCUUGGCGAGGGAUCCUGCUCUUCGGGCCCCCUGGCACCGGGAAGUCCUACCUGGCCAAAGCCGUGGCGACGGAGGCCAACAACUCCACCUUCUUCUCCGUGUCCUCCUCAGACCUGAUGUCCAAGUGGCUGGGGGAGAGUGAGAAGCUAGUCAAGAACCUGUUUGAGCUGGCCCGGCAGCACAAGCCCUCCAUCAUCUUCAUCGAUGAGGUGGAUUCCCUCUGCGGCUCCCGAAACGAAAAUGAGAGCGAGGCUGCCCGGAGGAUCAAAACGGAGUUCUUGGUGCAGAUGCAGGGCGUGGGGAACAACAACGAUGGGACUCUGGUUCUCGGUGCCACAAACAUCCCCUGGGUGUUGGAUUCAGCCAUUAGGAGGAGGUUCGAAAAGCGCAUCUACAUCCCGCUGCCGGAGGAGGCUGCCCGUGCCCAGAUGUUCCGGUUGCAUCUGGGCAGCACCCCACACAGCCUCACGGACGCCAACAUCCAGGAGCUGGCCCGGAAGACGGAGGGCUACUCAGGGGCCGACAUCAGCAUCAUCGUGCGGGACUCCCUCAUGCAGCCCGUGAGGAAAGUGCAGUCAGCAACACACUUCAAAAAGGUCUGUGGCCCUUCCCGCACCAACCCCAACAUCAUGACCGAUGACCUCCUGACCCCCUGCUCUCCAGGGGACCCCGGGGCCAUGGAGAUGACUUGGAUGGAUGUCCCUAGUGACAAACUCCUGGAGCCUGUGGUUUGCAUGUCGGACAUGCUCCGGUCUCUGGCCACCACCCGGCCCACCGUGAACGCAGACGACCUCCUGAAAGUGAAGAAAUUCUCAGAGGACUUUGGACAGGAGAGUUAG